CGAUGAGCGUGGAUAUAUGGCGGCGCGAGUACUGUUGCUGAGCGUCUUGAUCACGGAAGUGCUGAAACCAGCUUGCGUCGCAGGUGUUAAAGGUAUCGGAGGAAAUAUCAGUGGUAGGAACGUGUCCAGGUCGGACAGUUCUGACACUGGUCUGAUUAAGGGAUCUGGAUUGACGCUGGAAAUUCAACCUAGUGGCCAUGUGAUACUAGGGAAAAAGGGGAUCACGCUCAGUUGCAUAGCUGGCUCAAACUUGGAGAAUGUGACUUGGCUGCACAAUGGAAAAGCAGUUCCGUGUAAUCUUACUCGCUGUGUUCCUCUUUCCAAUGGCUCUCUUCUCUUCCUUAAAAAACAAAAUUUACAAAUGCAAAAGUUCAAAGAAAAGGACAGGAAUAUUAUUGUUAAUGCUAGAGACACUAAUAGAGAUGAAUAUCGCUGUGUAGCAAAUACUAGUUUAGGAGGGUCGAUACGGUCAGCUCCCACCAUUAUUCAAAUAGCAGAACUUGCCCAUGUAUUUAAAGAAGCUCCAGAAAAUAUUACUGUUCAAGAAGGCGAAGUCGCGAGAUUGUCCUGCUUGAUUGACAGUGUUCCUUUCCCACCCAACAUUACGUGGCAGCAUAAUGAAACAUUGUUAUCUUAUCAUAAUGAAUCAAAGUAUUCUGUGGUACCACCAGGUGUUCUGUAUAUAAGUGCAACGAAACUGUCAGAUGCGGGCUCAUAUAGAUGCAUAGUCACAAAUGAAUUUCUAAAGAAGACCAAAAGGAGCAAAGAAACAAAAUUAACGGUUAUCGCGAGAGCGGAAAAUAACAAAACAACGCAUACGCCCUCAUCCUUGUUUCCACAGGUUUCGUACAAUCAUUGGCUGCUUAAUGGGUCGAAUCUUAAUUUAACGUGUGCUGCAUCAGGUUAUCCAUCACCACUCGUAACAUGGUCAUUUAUUCCUCGUUACAUAGAUAAUGUUACAAAACCUCGCAACCUCCUUAAUUCCACCACUGGCAUUAGUGUACUGUCAUUAACGAACGUGAACGUUUCCAAUGCUGGUGUUUACCUGUGUUCUUCAAAGAAUUCUAUUACCAAUGUCUUAGAAGUACAGAACAUAACUUUAGAUAUAUUAAUACCACCGUCAUUUAUAAAAACGCCGACGAACCAAAUCUGUCCAAAUGGAAGAACGGCGAGAUUCGAGUGUCAGGCGCAAGGAUUACCCGUACCUCAAAUUUAUUGGCUGAAAGAUUCGGAGAAUAUUACUAUCAAUGGUCGCAGAACAACUUACGUUAAGGAAUACAAUAAAAUAGAAUUAGCAAUAUCAGCAACAGUGCCGAAUGACACUGGCAUAUACCAAUGUGUGGCGGUGAACGCAGCAGGUGAAAUUUGGGCCGCUGGCCGGCUCCAAGUAAACACGUCGCGCAAUAGCCCUGCUGCACCCACCUCUCUAAAGUGUCACGCUAUUUCGCCAUUUAAAAUCUUAAUUUCGUGGGAACCACCAAAGUCUGUACCACUUACCAGUAUUACAGCUUAUACCGUCCAUUAUAGUCCUGUAGAAGGUGGUAAGGAAGAAAUUUCGCCGCCAGAACCAGGGAAUUCUACGUCUGUAGAAAUAACAAAACUUCUUGAACCAUAUACAAAUUACUCGUUUUACGUACGAGUGUGGAAUAAUUAUGCUGCCAGCGAUCAAUCGGCUACCAUUGUGUGUUCCACCGCUCCAAGUGUUCCUAAAGGCACACCAAAAAUAAAUGUGGACAUAAUCAGUAGUACAAAACUAAAUAUAUCGUGGGAGCCCUUGAGUAGUAAGGAAUCUCGCGGCGUCAUAGUGGACUAUAAGCUAUUGUGGAAACCUCACCAGAGUUCCUCUAGAAGGGUGGAGUAUAUACCGGCAUCUACAGAAUAUCACAUACUUCCUGGCCUGAAACCUGGAGCACAAUACGAUAUUCGAGUAUUGGCAAGAACGAAACUGGGCGAUCCGAUUAUUAGCGAAUCACAGUUGGACUGGGUUACUGUAACCAUGCCAUCUUCUGAAUCCAAUCAAUUCACUAUAAGGAACGUUGUAGACAUUCAAAUAUUAAUUGUAAACGCUUCAUUAGCCAAGAUGAAAUGGAACAUCAACUUCAAGCAAAACGAUCAAAUUGAAUCAAAGUUCGAUUCCUGGCAAAUUUAUUGCGAAAAUCAAAAUGGCGAGAAGUUAACGGAUAUUAUUAAUUUACCGCAGAAUAUUACUGAAUACCUGUUAACUGAUCUUGAUAUGAAUAACGAUGAUUCUUAUACUGUGCAUUUAUGCAUGGUGAGCUCGGGUGAAGCAACAGGUUGCUUGACAAAACAUGUAGAGACCGUCAAAUCCGAUCCUAAUACUGUGCCAAUGGCAUUGGAGGCUACUCCCGUUUCGCCCACGUCCAUUAAUGUGUCCUGGACGUUGUCCGAUGUGCACGAUGUAAAUUCGUUUGAAUUUUGUUAUCAUGCGGUGCAUGUGCAAAAUUCUAACGAUUCUAAAUGUUCUAUCAUAAACGACACGAAAACGAAUGUUGACGAGCUGAAGCCUUUUACUUUAUAUGAGUUUAAAGUAAAAGCCAUUGUGCCUGAUGCAAAUCUGACCAGUUUCUACAGCAAGUCUAUAGAAUGCUACACAAACGAAGAUGUUCCUGGUGAAGUCGAAGGGUUACAAUGGUUUUUGGAGAACAACACGAAAGUACGAGUUGCAUGGGAGGAACCGAGCAGCAUAAACGGCAAUAUACAGAAUUACGUUGUCGCGUAUACCAUGGACUUGGCGACGGCAUGGACUAACGUGACCGUGUCCGGUAAUAAGAGGACGACGAAUCUACCAGGCUUAGCACCGGGGAAACGAUAUUUCGUUGUGGUGCGAGCAGCGACGAAAGCCGGCUAUGGGAAACCGUCAAGUCCUAUUAUUAUUUUUACCGGCGGCACUAGUUCCACUGGUAAUAAUGGCGGCGGUGGUGGUGGUGGUGGUGGAACAUCAAAAGUACCUGCCCCGUCGGGUAAUGAGAAAAACUCUAAGCCCGAUCAGAGUCUAGGUGUGAUCCUCGGGGUGAGCAUAAGCGUCGGAUUUAUCAUGAUAUGCCUAUGCAGUAUAUACUGCCGGAGGAAGUUUGAGAACUCACGGUUAAGGAACGAAGCUCAAUCGACGAACGGAUGCAUGCUAUCGCGAAACGGAAAUAAAUGUUGCGCGGAGCAGUCCAGUACGUCUACGGGUCAGCAAGCGAAUGCCACCGGUGCCCCGAAUGAGAUUGAAUUGGCAGUGCUGUGUCCAUCGUCACCGGUUGAGACAAAUCCGCACUCGGACGCAAAGUGUGUUGUACAGGGUGCACAGUCUAACGGGGUUUUCGAAAUUUGCGCGAAAGAACCCUUACUGUCGCCGUGGGAGGUAAAUGGAGGCUCGAAGGAUGUUCAUAUUAUGGAGAAUCCUCAGUACAAAAGGAGAGGCAGUUCCGCCUCGAAUAAUCAACGGGAGGAAGAGGAGGAGGAGGAGGAGGAGGAAGAGGAAGAAGAGGAAGAGGAGCAAGAUCUAGAAGGCACGCAGCUCACAAUGGUCAAUUGUACUUUAGGCAGUAGUGCUAGCAGUUUAAACAACAAUUCAGGAUGUCCGGACGGCGAGGCUUCAUCAUCGCCGAAAGCCACGUGUGCAUCUCUUGUUCCGGCGCUCGGACCAAAUGGGUGAAAGUGCGUUAGGCAAUACGCUAAAGUGUUCAACGCUUCUCAGCGGUAUCAAGGUACAACAGGUAGGAGUGUAUGAAUUCUCCUAUUUCCUCCUUCCUUACGAUCAAUACGCCAUCGAUCACCUUCCGAAUCAAUUGCGCGAGGGAAAGAAGAUAGCGAGCGUCCAGCCCCGAGAAAGCGAAAGCAAUGAAAAAUUGCAACAGCCUCGCAAAGCAGGAAUACUGUCUGACCCAUGAUCGAUGUAAAUAAGAUUGUUUCGGAAGAAAUCGUGUGGCGUUAAUCGCGUCACUUUGUAAAUACGAGCAAGAUACAUUUAUCGCGCGGAGAACAAAGCUCGUCUGCAUAAAGCGUCUCAGCAAAAGCAACUCAAUUCUAAAAUUCAUUGCAUUCUUUGCAUGGUGCACUUGUAAUAUUACGGUACACUGAUCGCGUAGACGAUACUUGGAAGUGUUUGCCGAAUUCGUGUAGGUACAAAAUAAUUUAAAGAUAGAUAUUGUUUGAGGAUCAAAAAAUAUUAAGUAUUUUUUUAAGAGAAUUUGUAU